AUCUGAGAUGCAAGCAAUAGCACAAACCUCCGUACCAUUCUCUUCUGGUCUGUGUUUCAGGGGGCAAUGGCAGUUUCCUGUGUCCUCCUGCACACUGGGCAAAAGAUGCCUCUGAUUGGUUUGGGUACCUGGAAGAGUCAGCCUGGCCAGGUAAAAGCCGCUGUUAAGUAUGCCCUUAGUGUAGGCUACCGCCACAUUGACUGUGCUGCUAUCUACGGCAAUGAGACUGAGAUUGGGGAGGCCCUGAAGGAGGACGUGGGACCAGGCAAGGCAGUGCCUCGGGAGGAGCUGUUUGUGACGUCCAAGCUAUGGAACACCAAGCACCACCCUGAGGAUGUGGAGCCUGCCCUCCGGAAGACACUUGCUGACCUCCAACUGGAGUAUCUGGACCUGUACCUGAUGCACUGGCCUUAUGCCUUUGAGCGAGGAGAUAACCCCUUCCCCAAGAAUGCUGAUGGGACCAUACGCUAUGAUUCUACCCACUAUAAGGAGACCUGGAAGGCUCUGGAGGCACUUGUGGCUAAGGGCCUGGUACGGGCACUGGGCCUGUCCAACUUCAACAGUCGGCAGAUUGAUGAUAUACUCAGCGUAGCUUCUGUGCGCCCAGCUGUCUUACAGGUGGAAUGCCACCCAUUCUUGGCUCAGAAUGAACUCAUUGCCGUCUGCCAAGCACGGGGCUUAGAGGUGACCGCUUAUAGCCCUUUGGGCUCCUCAGAUCGUGCUUGGCGUGAUCCUGAUGAGCCUGUCCUGCUUGAGGAACCAGUGGUCCUGGCUCUGGCUGAAAAGCAUGGCCGAUCUCCAGCUCAGAUCUUGCUCAGGUGGCAAGUCCAGCGGAAAGUGAUCUGCAUCCCCAAAAGUGUCACUCCUUCUCGUAUCCUUCAGAAUAUCCAGGUGUUUGACUUCACCUUCAGCCCAGAAGAAAUGAAGCAGCUGGAUGCCCUGAACAAAAAUUGGCGAUAUAUUGUGCCCAUGCUUACGGUGGAUGGGAAGAGAGUCCCAAGGGAUGCAGGGCACCCCUUGUACCCCUUUAAUGACCCAUACUGAGAUCACAGCUUCCCUAGUUUCCCUUCUAACUCUCCAGGUAUAAGAAAGAGGAAGGUAAUAAAGUCAUUGGAACAUCCA